AUGCUGGCUGUUACCUGGACAAAGGCGGAAUGGAGGAUAGUCGGUGGGCGAAUAGUCAGCGAUGGAUUUGACGAUAGCAGAGACGGCAACAGGGUGUUGCUUUCUCUAUUGGGGGCCCGAGGGCUCGCUGUAAGGUAUCGUGAAGUCCAUUGCUGCUGUUCUGAUGAGGGAGAGCGGAAGCGCGGCGACAGCCAGUUAAUAGGCAGCCCCCGACUCACAGCCUUCCCAGUCAUCGCGGCAGCCGCGCACGGGCCAUCUUGCCACCACUCUCAGACUCAUCGCGCCUCUUGGGCUACAUUGGGUGAGAAUUUGCCAUCUUCCACACAUGGCCUCGGGUCGCGUUGCCAUGAUUUGAGGCAGCCAUGUCACCGAAGUUGCCGCUGUGUUGAUCGCAUUUGCCUUCACGAUGAAGCGCUGUCGCUGCGUCUACGGCGAGCCGUCCAAGCGUUGGGUGAGACGCUCGAUGCUCGAUGCACUUCCAUCACCGCCGCUUCAGGCUGCCCUGCCAGCGUGCAGCGGACACUGCCCGCGCCUGCGCCUGCGCCUGCGAGUGACCGCGUCCAAGCCUGCCAGCAAGCAGGGCUGGUCUGGCCGGUGCGCGUCCAAGCCUCGCUGCAACACACGGCGACUCCUGUUUCCAUGCCCUGAAUACACCAAACGUCUGGAACACGCGUUCGCAUCAUCGCACAGCCAGGCUGUCCUCUCCCUUUCGUCGAUACCCGUGGACCAACAUUCAGCAGCAGCUGAGCCCUCGGCUGCUUCGAGUCCA